AUGCACCGACCAUGGACGAAUUGUCAAGUUCGGAGUAGAGACAGUCAACCCCCUGUUAACUUCUUCGCCAAAGCGCUGGAGGACUCGUGCCGCACUCCGAAGACCGGGUUUCAUAAGCAACACGUUUCGCAACACGUGGCCAAGCCAACGACCAUGGAUGUCAAGUUCGGAGUAGAGACAGUCAACCCCCUGUUAACUUCUUCGCCAAAGCGCUGGAGGACUCGUGCCGCACUCCGAACCGAAGGUUUCAUAAGCAACACGUUUCGCAACACGUGGCCAAGCCAACGCAACCUAUGA